CAGAGGGCGGGUCACACGUCUUUCGGGUCAACGCCGGAGGUGUGAAACUGUUUCUCAGAAUGGAUUGGAAAGAUGAAUAUUCCUUUAAUUCUUUUGACCUAAGUUGUUUGUUGAAUUCAUUCCCUGGAGACUUGGAGUUUAAGCAGAUCUUCAGUGACAUUGAUGAAAAGCUAGAACAAAAUGCUACAAGCAUAGAGCAUUGCAUUAAAGAAAUACAAUCAGAAGUCAACAAACAAUGUCUGGAUGUGCGACUUCAAACAACAAGCGAUUGCUUGGAAUGGUUUAAUAACUAUAGUUAUAAUUCAUCUAAGUCAUCUUCCACUCUCCAUGGAGAUUUGAUAAUAUUCCUCAAAACAAUGCAAGAUAUGCUGAAGAUUAAACAAAAUCAAGAAGAAAUGAUGUUGGAUUUACUUUGGGACCUGGCCUGUCAGAGCAGCGUUUCACUCCCAUCUACUCUAAGUGGAACAUCUUUCCAUUUCCUCUCCAGAACUUCUCUUCAUUCUGUUGAAGAUCUUUCCUCUACGGAUGAGAAGUCUCUAUGGGAUGACAUAAAACUGCAUCUUCGACGCUUCCUGGUGACCAAAUUACAAAGCCAUAAUGAAAUAAACAAUUCCCAGCAGAAAAUUUUCUUGAAAAAACAGUGCAUACAACGACUCUUGUUCCUUUAUCCAGAAUCUGAAGUUAUAGUCAAAUUCCAAAACAUGCAGAGUAAACUUUUGGCUGAACUUCUGCAAAACUUCAUUCCCUCUUACAGCCGAGAAUCAAAUUUAGACACAAUAGCCCAUGGAUACCAAAGUGCAAUGCUUAAGUUGUACUCCAUGAUAAAAGAGGAUUUUAACAUACUACAUGAAAUUUUAGCUCCAUCCUCAACAUUGAAAUUCAUUAAAGAAACCUACUUGGAUACUGUUACUGAAGAACUGGCAAAAUUUCUUGAAAAAUUUUGUGAGAUGCUGUUUGAAGAAAAAGCUGUCCGUGCGGUUAAAACAAGCAAGAGCUCCAGCAAGCAUAGAGGAGCAGUGCAUGCUUUGGGUUAGUGACAUUUAAGUUUCUGUUCAGUUUAACUCAAGCCUUUGAGAUCAUAAUUUUCUAAGAUUUGGUUAAAUUGCACUGCCAACUUUAAAAUAAACAAAAAUAAAUGUUA